GUGUUUUUACAGCAUUGAAAAUGAUUUAAAGAAGUUUUAUUUUUGUUGUACUAAAAAUUAUUUCGGGGAUUUAGUUAACAACCUGGUCUGAUCAAAAUCUUGAAAAAACUGUUUACAAUAACAAUGGGUUCAUCUCCAUUUCGCAGAUUACUGCACUGGGGUCCUAUUGCGGUAUUAUGCAUUAUCAAGUUAAUAACAUGGGCGAUGGUGCACUUGAUAGGCAUGUGGUGGCCACCACACGAGUCCAUCCCUGCAGCACUGCAUGCCGCUACCUUCUUAAGUCUAGCAGUUUCCACACUAUACUUUUUCCUUCAGUCUUUACUUGAAGGACCCGGCUUUGUACCACUAGGGUGGAGACCAGACAAUGAAUUGGACAUUGCAAAGCUACAAUACUGUGCAACUUGUAAAGGCUACAAGGCGCCACGGUCACAUCACUGCAGGCAAUGUGGCUACUGUGUAAUGAAAAUGGAUCAUCAUUGCCCUUGGAUAAACUGUUGCGUGGGCCACAGCAACCACGGUUAUUUCACUCUAUUUCUGAUCUCAGCUGUAUUGGGAUGCUUGCAUGCUUCUAUAGUGCUGUCAAUUUGCGUGUACCACGCGAUCAACCGCGUGUGGUACUUGCACAAUGGCACAGGCCACGAGCCCAUUGUCUACCUCACACUUACCACGCUGCUGCUGACUCUACUGGCUGUCGGUAUGGCAGUGGGAGUGGUCCUGGCUGUUGGUACUCUGCUUUAUCUACAGAUUCGUGGAAUCCUCCGCAACCGAACAACAAUUGAGGACUGGAUAAUGGAGAAGGCGGUAAACCGUCGCGAGGAGCAAGGUCUGCCUGCGUUCGUGUUCCCCUACGACCUGGGUUGGCGCUGCAACCUGCGCUUCUUGCUCAACAGCCACCGCUAUGACGGCCUGCACUGGCCACUGCGCAUCGGUUGCGGGCAGUACGACCUCACUAUGGAGCAGAUAGCGCAGAAGGAGGAGAAGCGGCAGCGGUCGCGGUUGUUCGUGGCUGCGGAGGGUUACGGCGGGCAGUGGGUGCCGCUGCGCAGGCCGCGCGCUGCGCUCUCUGCACCCUGCAGCGCCGAGCCCCGCCUGACCCUGCGCCCCGGGGACCUCAUACGUGCUACAAGACAGCGCAGACACUGGUUGUUCGGUGAGCUGGUGGUGAAAGAAGCGCGAGGUCCGCGUGGCUGGUUCCCCAGCGCCGUGGCGGUGCCGGCAGACGCGCGCGCACACAUGCUCGCCCGCGCCUCCGACCACGAGCACGCUCACGAACAUGCGCACACGCACGCCAAGCCCGACUAGCACGCACUACAAGCGCGUUGCGCUUAUAGACUCGUUUAAGUUUAUAUUUUUUGAGGUAAACAUAUUUUUUAUAUAAAUAUUUUAUAUUCAAAC